GGAUCCUUCUUCAACGGGAGUCAUCCAGACCUGCAGGGAAGGACGCGAACCAGCCGGACCAAUCCCCCGCUGACAGUUCACUCCCGCCUCUCGCUCCGCUCAGCUCAGCUCAGCUCCGGACGCUGGUGUUGACGCGAAUGCGCGUUGCUGGCAGGCGCGAUGCACGAUGGUCCCGGGACGUCCGGAGGAAUCGAUGGGAGCGAGCGAGCGGGCAGGUGCUUUGCUGAAAAUGGCAGAUGAAUUAGAAAGGUUCCUUGAGGAACAAAGGGCCAAAUUAGCACAAGAUAAAAUCGAGCUGGACCAAGAUCCACCAUAUAUGGAGAUGAGAACAAAAUCUUCAGAACCACUUGGUGCCACCAAUCAAGCAGCUGACUCAAAAGACAAUGGAAAUAGCCUCCCAAUCAUUCAGCCUACAAAACAAAAUCCACAAACUGAUAGAUCUAAAGAAGAAAACUAUGGGUUAAGCCUGCCACUUGGAUUAGAAUAUGAUCAAAAGAAACAGAAAUUGAAGGAGGAGCUUCGACAAGACUACAGACGCUACAUGGCUGAGAAAAAUUCUAGGAUUAUAAGGGAGCUGCAGCCAACAGUUGAGAGCCUUUCGCUUCCCAUUUCUGACAGAAAAUCAGCAAAGGACAGAUUGAGGAUGGAAAGAAACCAAGAAUACAAUCAAUUAUUAAGAGAGCAAGAUAAAUAUGAACAAUUAAGAAGAGAUGGCAGGUGGAUUCCAAAGGAGAAUAUUGAUCCUUCGGAUGAAUCCAGAUUUCAGGCUGCACCUCACUUAAGAUUUGGUCAACCACCAUAUGAUUUGGUUUCUUAUAAAAAUGAUGCACAUACAUCAAUGGAGGCAUAUGAGGAGCUGUUGAAUAAAAAGCGUCAGGAAGAGGAUAGAUACCGCAGGUCUGAUGAUCCUGAGGCUGGUCAUAGAAGAAAUGUGCAGACACAAACAGACAGAUCAGGGGAAUAUGAAAAUAAUUUUCCAGAUUCAAACAUCUACUUUGAGAGAUUGAAAAAUGAAUACAGGCAAUAUAAAGAACGACGUGAUCAGGAGCUACCAAUGUACAUUGAAGACGAAUAUAAGAAAGAACGGAGAAGGCGACCUGUUUCAGCCACAGAAAAAUCUAGAUAUUUGAUAAAUGAAGUACGUGAUUCACCAAGGGAACGGUCCAAGUCUGCUUCAGUAAAGGAUGAUGCUAUAUUUGGUACUGGUUUAUUAUUAGGUAACAAUGAGCGUGAGAGUGCUCAAAGAAGAAGAAGGGAAAGAUACAGACAAGAAUUGUUGGAACAAAUAUCAGAAAGGCAGAAAAGCAAGAAAAGGGAGAAGGAACUUGAGCUCAAUGUUGCUGCUUCAGGAGCUGUGGAUCCAGAGAAGGAGCCAGAUCGAAUAAGGCAGUUUGGUGCUAUUAUGCACCAACACGAUUCCCGCAGGCGUGAUGCUCCUGACCAAAGAAGUGGAGUCCAUAUUGCAAAAUAUUCAAGUGAUGACGGAUCUGCUGAGGGACAGCCACCAGAGCGCCCCAGGGUAGCUUUCCAGACUCCUGCAGUUGAUGAUAGGAAUCUUAACGUUGGCCUGACCAGUGGAAUGUGGAACCCCCUUAGGAAUAUAAUGGCUCCGAGAGUUACAACAGUUCCUCCCCCUCCACCACCUGUGCUGACGGAACAUUACCAUACACCUUAUGACAAUGCAUAUUAUUUUUAUGGGGCUAGAAAUCCUUUGGAUCCAAACUUGUCUUACUAUGGACCAGGAGUCAUUGGAGCCCAUCCUAUAUCCUUGAUCAACCCUCCCAAUGGGCUCUCUGAUGUAGCCAUGCAAGGUUAUCCACAUACUUCAUCUGUAAAUCAAUCUUUAUUGCUGAAUACGAUCAAAGCCUUGCCUCCCAAAUGUGCCAAAUGUCAUGAUGCCUCUACUGUUAAAAACUUAGAUGGUGGACUCUUGCCAGAGCAACAAGCAGUUUUAUCAAAAGAAAGUGCACGAACUUACCAGGAUUUCUUGAAAAAGCAGAUGCAAGAAAGAGAGGAAAGGAAGAGAAAAGAAAAGGAAGAAACAGAGAGAUAUGAUGCAAAACUUGAGCAGGAAAUGAAAAUGUACAACCCAUGGGGAAGAGGAGGAGGAGGAGCACCUCUCAGAGAUGCAGAAGGAAAUCUGCUAACUGAUCUGAAGAAAAUGCAUAAGCAGAAUGAAGAUGCCUACAGGGACUUCCCUCAUCGAGGAAAUCAAGACUUCAAAGCCACGGUACCUCUUAGUCUGAAUUUAACCAGACCAGGUGCUGAUACCCCUCAACAGAAAGUCCAAGGGUAUACAUCUGCAAAUGCAUCACAGCUUUCCCAAGGAAAUCCAAUGAUUGAACAACAAACUGAAAGAAAAGUUCCUGAUCAGGAAAAAUAUAAAGAAUAUCUACGCUUACAAAUUGAAGAAAAGCGGCGCAAAGCAGAAGAAGAACGUGAAAAAUGUAAACUCGAAGAGCAACGAGAGGAAAAACGGUUAGCUGAGCAGAGAGCACGAAUUGCAAAAGAACUUGAAGAGGAGCAAGAAAAGAAACGACGUAAAGAAGAGGAGCAAAGGCUCAAAAAUGAAGAAAUUGUACGGUUGGCAGAAGAACGUCGGAAAGUAGCAGAAAAGAAACGGAAAGAAGAAGAAGAAAAACAGGAGGAGUUGUUCCGACAGCAAGCGGAAAGGGAACAGUCUGCAAGGAGACCACCUUCUCCACCAAUUCCAACUGUGAAGAAAAAACAGGCUACAGUUCCGAGAGCUGAUUUGUCACCUGCAAAUGACUCCAUCCAUGAAUUAGACUUGGAUCAUCCACAUUCAGGGACCAAGUCGCCGCCUGUUCCAGCUAGACGAAACCAGCUUCGAGCACAUGAAGAAAAGAGAAAUAUAAUUAGUGAACUUUCAGCAUUGAGAAGGCAGCUGCGAAGUGAGGAACGUCGACUUGAGGACCAGUUUCAAAAUGCUGACGUGGAAGAGGAUGGAGCAGUUGGCAAUACCAGGAAGCGAGAGAGAAAUCAUGUUGAUGUUUUCGAUUUGGCCAGACAGCGUAUACAGACCCUGGUACACCGACCUUCUUCAAAAGGGACAGAUUCUGUUAAUUUACAAAACAUUAGAGAAUUCAAUGACCUGAAAUACAGAGAUUCAGCAACACGUGCUCAAGUAAGACAGAUGUAUCCAGACCCUCCAAAUGAUAGUAAUACACUGGAGAUUCAACAGGAGGCCUUAUUGAGAGAGCAGAAGAAGAAACUGGACAUCAUUAAAAGGAAAGAAGCAGUUUCCAAUAUGAAUUCACGCAAUAUUGAAUUGCAGACAAGAGAUUCACAGGAAGAUCUGACGAAAAAUUCAUUGCUGGAAUCUGAAAGUGCCUUUUUAGGAAGCCAUGGAGAAACCUUCCCUUAUCCAGUAAAUGUUGAGACAACAGCAAGUGAACUACCUCCACGUGAGAGACGUCGCCGGAAUCGAAGUAGACAGGACUUGGAAUCUGAAAUUCAUCCUACCAUGAAACCCGUAUCACAGCCAGAUUCCAUCUCUCUGCACUCUGUGUCCAGUUUGAAUUUGGAUCAAGUAAGAGCCAGAAAUGAACAGCGGAUGAAACGUUUGCAUGAUCUUCAGCAUUCAGUGGAAGAUGAUGACAUUCUGAGACAAUUCAUUUCAAAAGAUAAGGAAAGACCAAGCUCUGUUGAAACAGAGGCCACUGAGGUAUGGCUACGACCAGGAACAUCAGAAACUUUAAAGAGGUUUAUGUCUGAUCAUACACAACUUGACCGAGGACCUUCAGCCAAUACAUCUGCUUUCAACUGGAGAAGUCAAAGACACUUUACAGCAAAUGACUGAUUUGGCUGGGAAAAUUAGUUAAUGAAUGUGUGUGCCUUCAAGUGGGAAAAAUUGCUGCACUUUGUUAUUUAGGUAAAAUUCAGGACAUUGUAUACAAAUGAUUUUCCCCUGCUAACCAAUAUGUGGCCUUUAAUAAAAUGCAAAACAACCUCAAAGAAUCUUUUAUCCAUUUGCUGUUGCUCACCAAAUGCAUAUUGGUGUAAUUUCCACAUGACCAAUAAUUCAGAAAAUUACACUGGAAAAGGUCAAAACAAAUUUUGCAUACUAGACCUGGCACCAACCUGUGCUGCUACCUGAAUGUAACUUUUAUUUUUUUUCAUACCUGAAUUUUUAUUAACUUAUGUUAAUAUUCAAAUAUGUUGUCAUGAAUGUGUGUAAAAAAACUUAAUAAAGCUGUAUUUUGAAAGGAAAUGUAUGGUUACCUAGGCAUUAAUGUAGUUGCAGAUUUGAGUGUUCUUCCUCCUCCUAAUGAUAAACCAGAAUUAAUGAUGUCCCUUGUAUUUUUAUGGCUGAGCUAAUUUUUACUAAAACUUUUUAGACUUG